GACGAGCGUUGUCACAGAACGAGAGAGCCAAAGGAAAAGUACAAAACAGAGAGAAAACAAAUCGUUGUUCUGCUCCAUAGUAAUUUUGCUUCUCUUUCUUGGUGACGGUGAUACCCACAUCAAUUUCUUGUGUCUCCAAUUCUUGUUCGAAUUCAGGUUCAAAAUCUUCCAUCAUUGCAUAGCCCGUGAGGCUUUCUUACUGGCAACCUGCAAACAGACCUUUAUAGGUAACGGAGAGAACAAAGACUUGCAUACUGGAAUUCUGCUGAGAUACCAUGGCUGAUGUCAUUAAGAAACACGAUGCGGAAGAAGAUGACUUAUAUACAAAAGACGGGACACUCGACAUCAAAAAGCAACCUGCCAACAAGAAAGAGACUGGAAAUUGGAAAGCAUGCCGCUAUAUUCUCGGAAAUGAAUGUUGCGAAAGAUUGGCGUACUAUGGCAUGAGUACAAACCUAGUGAACUAUCUCAAGGAACGCUUCAACCAAGGAAAUGCAGCUGCUGCGAAAAGUGUCAACACUUGGUCAGGGACAUGCUACCUCACUCCGUUGCUUGGAGCCUUUUUAGCUGAUUCAUACUUGGGAAGAUACUGGACAAUUGCCAGCUUCUCAUCUAUCUAUGUCAUUGGAAUGACACUUUUAACGUUUUCAGCUAUUGUGCCUGGACUAAAGCCUUCAUGUGAAGCUGGUAAAUGCCAUCCAACGUCAGGACAAACUGCAGCUUGCUAUAUAUCACUCUACUUGAUUGCUCUUGGAACUGGUGGUAUCAAACCAUGUGUCUCAUCUUUUGGCGCUGACCAAUUUGAUGACAAUGAUGAAACUGAGAGGAAAAAGAAGAGCUCUUUCUUCAAUUGGUUUUACUUCUCAAUCAACAUCGGCGCGCUCAUCGCUUCCUCCGUGUUAGUUUGGAUACAAAUGAAUGUGGGCUGGGGAUGGGGUUUUGGAGUACCUGCAGUUGCAAUGGUCAUUGCGAUUAUAUUUUUCUUUAUCGGUAGCCGAUGGUAUAGACUUCAACUUCCUGGAGGAAGCCCCCUUACAAGGAUUUGUCAAGUUAUAGUUGCAGCAUCAAGGAAACUUAAAGUCCAAGUGCCAGAAAACGAGUCUCUUCUCUAUGAGACAACUGAUGCAGAAUCUAACAUCAUAGGGAGUCGCAAACUUGAACACACUAAUAAAUUAAAGUGCUUGGAUAAGGCAGCAGUAGCAACAGAAUCUGACAGCGGUAAGGGUCUGCCAAACCCAUGGAGACUCUGCACAGUAACACAAGUUGAGGAGCUCAAGUCUUUUAUUCGUCUGCUCCCAGUUUGGGCAUCACUGAUUGCCUUUGCAACGGUAUACAGUCAAAUGAACACCAUGUUUGUGUUGCAAGGCAACACAAUGGACCAGCGCAUUGGUCCUCACUUCAAAAUUCCAUCAGCAUCCCUCUCCCUCUUUGACACCCUCAGCGUCAUCUUCUGGGCUCCAGUGUACGACCGCAUCAUCGUCCCCUACGCGAGAAAGUUCACGGGGAACGAACGAGGAUUUACACAACUUCAAAGAAUUGGCAUUGGCCUCGUCAUCUCUAUCAUCUCCAUGAUCGUUGCCGGCAUUUUAGAGGUCGUUCGCCUUGACAUAGUGAGGAAAAACAACUAUUAUGAUCUUGAAACCAUCCCCUUGUCAAUCUUUUGGCAAGUCCCUCAGUAUUUUCUCGUAGGAGCCGCCGAGGUUUUCACUAACAUUGGUCAGAUGGAGUUCUUCUAUGGUGAGGCACCUGAUGCUAUGAGAAGUUUGUGUUCUGCUCUCUCACUCACAACUAAUGCAUUGGGAAAUUAUGUGAGCUCUUUGCUUGUUACCAUCGUAACAGAUGUCACCACAAGAAAUGGAAGUCUUGGUUGGAUUCCAGAUAACAUGAACAGAGGCCAUCUUGAUUACUUCUACUGGCUUUUGACCAUUCUGAGCUUGCUCAACUUCCUGGUGUAUCUCUGGAUUGCUAAGAGGUAUACAUACAAAAAGGUGGCAGGAAAUGCUCAGUGAGAUGUUGCUGCCAAGUUUCACAAUUUCAGUUGCUCCAUAAUGGAGAUUUAGCUAUUCCAAUAUCCGCAUUAGAAAAAUCAACUGUUGAUAUUUAAACAACUCCAUGGUUUAAUAUGUAUGCAAUUACUGAUUAAGUGUGGAUUUUUAAUCAUUCUCCAUUUGUAUAUUGGCGUUUAAUCCUUCUCAAUAUAUUGGCGUUUAAUUGUA